GUUGAUCCUUGCCUCGGUAAAGGGGGAGUAAUCACUUUUAAAACAUCAGGAUUGUGAUGGCAAUAUCUGAAUUGCGGGGCCAGAACCUGAAACAAUGCAGGCCAUACAUAACGAGUCAUUAUGGUGCCAACCCCCUAAUCAAGAAGCCUUGACUUCAUCUAAGAUACCAGAGAAGGACUGUACUCAGUUUAAGUGUGAACGAUGUGGACAAGUGUUCAAAACCCCAAAGAGCUUACAACAGCAUCAGCAGUAUCGUGCCCUCGAGCGGGGGUUCAAAUGCACUCUGUGCUGCAAGGUGUUUAAUGACCGGGAGAGUCUGCAGAGCCACCUUCAAAACCAUGCUCAUGAACGCUUUUAUAGCUGUGGACACUGUGGAAAGCGAUUCCUAAGACAAGAGACCGUACUGUCACAUCAAAAGCAGUGGCAUGGAUCUGUUGGUUCCAAGACUUUGAGUAGAUCUGAGGAAAAUCAAAGAAAUAACAUGGACAAGUCUUAUCCUUGCAAAAUUUGUGGCUUGCGCUUCUUUUGGUUGUCUGACUUGCAAAGCCACCAAAACAGUCAUUCUCGUGUCACCAGGCCAUCCAGUGAGGAAACACAAAAACAGGAAAUGCUUGCGGACGAAGAAAGUAAGAAAAAUGGCAUUCUUUCAUUUAAAGAGCCAUGUCGUUGUGGCAUGUGUGGGGAACCUUUCAACCAAAUUUCAGAUUUAAGAGAGCAUCAUAAAGCACAGCAUCCAGAUGAGGUUGAAGUAAAGGACUCUUCGGGUUUACCAACUAAGAUGAAACAGCAGUACCAUGGUGUAAUGCGACAAAUGGUUACAAAACGGCAAAAGCUGAGAUUUGAUCCACUAAGGCCAAGCAUAAAAGGAAGACCUAGAGGUGUGAACAGAGCCAAUUUUAGUGGUAAAAUAUUUUCCUGCAAACUCUGCCAUCGUGUGUUUGUACACUCAAGCAGUCUCUCUCGUCAUAUGCGUUACCAUAAGGGAACUCUACAUGCCUGUGUUUAUUGUGGAAGACACUUUCCACAAAGAUGUGAUGUCACAAGGCAUGUGGCCAUGUACCACAAUUCAGCACUUCAACCUAAGGCUCAUGAGGAUUCAAAGACAGAACAUGAGGAUAAAACCAGUGAACAGGAACCUGCAAAAGAAUUACCACAAACAGAAAGUGAUGGUAAACCAGAAGAACCUGAAGAAGAAAAUCAGCCAGAUGAGCUGUUACUUGUUUCUCCUUCUAAAGGAACUUACAAACCAAGGAUGAAGUACAAAUGUAAAGAAUGUUGUAGAGUCUUUGGGCUACUUAGUGUUUAUCGGCGACACAUGUAUUACCACAAGCGAAGUCCCUGCAAGGUUUUGCUCAGUUGCCCUCUCUGUCCAAGCCGCUUCACAUUCCUGUCUGCUUUAGAUCGCCAUCUUGAAUAUCAUCAUAAAGGAGACUCUGAAAAUGAUGGCACAAAACCUCCUGAGACUAAUGUAGUUGAUUCAAAAAGUCAACAAGGAGAUGCUGAUGCUGAAAAGCCUGAUAAAAAUGCUGAUAAUGGCAUGUCAUCUGAGUUACUGAAUGAUUCCACUGAAUAUUUUGAGACGUAGAGAUACACAAAAUGGCCAAAAGUAUAUAGACAUCCAUAUCUAAUGAACAGGUUUGGCUAUUCCAGCAAUUUUAGUGAAGACAAAUGUAAAUGCUUAACUCUAAAGUGGAAUAUUAUGCGCUUUCAAUUUUGUUUCGACAGCGAGGACCCUUUUUCUAUUUCAGCAGGGCAGUGACCCUUUAGUCAAAGCAAUGCUCUACUGUUUCAGGUGUUGAAGAAGUGAAUGGCAUGCACAGAAAUACUACUGAGUACCUUUGGGAUGAAUUGGGAAUGCAGACAGAGAGCCAGAAUAUUUUGCUUGGUGUUAUUGCUUGACUUUCUUGAUUCUCGUGUCUCUUGUGAAGCAGUUCCCUGCAACAGUGUUCCAUCCCAGAAGAGUGGAGUCUUGUUAUAGCAGCAAAAGGAGUGAAUCAUGUCAUACUUUUGAAAAUAAACGGUUGACCAGCAUCAGAGAAUCAUUUACCCUAAAGGCAUUUAGGUCUUAAUGCAAACCAGGUCUGUCCUUUUGGAAAAGAAAAGGGCCCUCCCCACAUAGUUGCAACAAAGUUGGAAGCAGCGAAUACUCAAGUAAAUUAUU